AUGCCUGCGAUGGACCUCUCCAAGUCAAGUACCCCUGAACACGGAAAUGCUCCUAAUCCUGCUUCCCAUGAAGAGACGGUCAAUGAUGUUUAUGAGGAUCCAGUCCCUGGAAAUCCCACCGAAACCAAAGAAGACACGGGUACUGAUGCCAAUGAGGUUCAAGUCGAAGCCAAUCCUUCAAGUUCAAAUGCCGAUUCUCCUAAUCCUGCUCCGGAUGAAGACACGGUCAAUGAACCUGAUGAGGAACCAGUCCAAGGAAAUCUCACUGAAACCACUUCCCAAACGCUUCCAGAAACUGCUGUAUGUCUAGAGCAAGAAGUUACUGGAAAGGAUCCAGGCGAAGAAGGAAAUCCAACUCAAACCACUUCUCAAAAGACUCCCACUGUAGAAAAAAGUCAUGUUGGUUCUAUGAUACCCUCUGGGAAAGAGCCUUCAGGUAACACUCCUAGCCCCCCGAUUCCUCCUUUGGAGCCUCGAAUAUCUGCCAUACCUCAAGCUGUUCCAACCCCUGUUCCCCCGAUUCCGGCAAAUCAACUCCAACCUCACACUUGCUCAACCUCUACUCGUGUGGAAUCUCAGGUGCCUUCCACCCCUAUACCCAAUCCCUCCCUUACCAACUCCCAGCCCAAUCAUACUUGGCGGCCUCGCUCAACCCCCAGUCGUGUGGAAUCUCAGGUGCCUUCCACCCCAAUACCCAAUUCAGCCCCUACCAACUCUCAGCCCGAUUAUCCCAAACCCUUCCCUGACUCUUUGGAAGAGGUCCUUUCUGAGAUUGAGACAGUAGCCAAGCAUUCUACUAUACCAGUUGCCCAACCGGAAAGCGAAUUCCACGAGUUCUUCUGGCAUUCUUUCCUCCCAAAGGAGCCCUACCAGGACCACGAACUCUGGGAUCAAGUAGAUGACUAUUUGAAUGCACGGAUAGGUGCCGAUGUUCUACCUCGAACCCUUCACCAAGGACGUUACGGUAUUGAUGGCCUCUUUCGACAUUGGCUCGUCCGUGUACGAGCUUUCCGGGGGUGGGAUGAUCACUGCGACGAGGCGGUCGAAGCAAAGUUGAGAGGUGUUGUUACCCUGCUCAAACGGAAGGUCAAGCCUCCUCAACUGGCUCCACUUGGCCCUCAGCUUGUCAAACAGUCAACCUCAGCCCAACAGUCAGGUUCUCAGGCAACUUCCACUCGCAUUCCCAUCAAAAGGUGUAUUGACGCCGACUCGCAAGUCACUACGCCUCCGAAGAGAACUAAGGUCUCCCCUUCACCCGGUAAUUCUGAAGAUGACGCAGAUCCUGGCCCUUCGGGUUCAUCGAGUAGGGAAUUGAUGACCAAUCAAGGCCAUCAGGAUCAGGUACCUGAUUCGGUGCAGAAAGCUGCUCCUACUGGCCUGUGGAUGAUGGCCCAGUCACCUCUCUUCGAUGUCACUUUGGCUUCGAUCGGUGCCAACAAACUUUUGCCACAAGACGUACCCCAGGUUUACAGAGCGAUGAUCAACCUUCUCCUUCGGCGCAAAGAAGGCAUUGACGUGCCUGCUAAGCCCCCCAUCCAGGAAGCAGAGCCUUUUGGGGUGAAAAACAAGUUAUCAGUUCGUGCCUGGCUUUCCAGAAACCCCAACUCCUUCCUUGUGCGUAGUGCUGGCGAAGCGCCGUGGCAUCGACACGACAUUUUCAACUUCACGUUACCCAACUACGAACUGCCAACUACCCCAGAUGACAAAGUUCAAACCACCUACGUUCACGAGAUUCUGAGUUUGUUCUACAGUCCAGGUACAAAGCGUAUCAAUCAGGCAGUGCGGAUGAUAGUUGCUGCUGUGACAUUUGCCCGGAUGGACACCAAUGAACUUCCCGUGGACUACACUCCUCCUGAAGUUGAAUACCCGAACCAAGACAUUGGGCAGUGUCUUCAAGCUGCUCAUCACUUCAAAAACCUUCACGAGACUAAGCAACAAACUCAAUGUGCUGCAGAGUGUAUGGAAGUCAUGACUGGGAUGGUCAAUCGCCUGUACACGGUCUUUGAAGCAGUUGCCAGUCUGCGAGCAAAAUUUCAUCAUGCAUUGUAUCUCAGUUGA